CACGCGCGGCCGCGCCCCGCCUCUAGCGUCCCCGCCGGGGCGAUGGGGCGGGGGCGGGGAACCGGGGUGAGGAGAUCGCCGGAGUCCCCUGAGUGUGAGUGCGCUACCGCCUCCGCCGCCGCUCCGACACUGCCGCCACCCUCGCCGCGUCACGGCUCCCAGGCCCGCCCUCCUCUGGCCCCUCCUCCCCGCUCCGUUUUCCCCUCCACUCCCCCUCCCCCUCCGACCGAGCGGUGACUUAAGCAACGGAGCGCGGUGAAGCCCAUUUUUCUCCUUCCUCGCAGCCGCGCCGGGCAGCCCGCGGCGCGUGGCCCCCACACUCCGGCCCGAGAUGAAUGCUGCGGCAGAAGCCGAAUUCAACAUCCUCCUGGCCACCGACUCGUACAAGGUUACUCAUUAUAAACAGUACCCACCCAACACAAGCAAAGUUUAUUCCUACUUUGAAUGCCGUGAAAAGAAGACAGAAAACUCCAAAAUAAGGAAAGUGAAAUAUGAGGAAACAGUAUUUUAUGGGUUGCAGUACAUUCUUAAUAAGUACUUAAAAGGUAAAGUAGUGACCAAAGAGAAGAUCCAAGAAGCCAAAGAGGUGUACAAAGAGCAUUUCCAAGAUGAUGUCUUUAAUGAAAAGGGAUGGAACUACAUUCUUGAGAAAUACGAUGGGCAUCUUCCAAUAGAGGUAAAAGCUGUUCCUGAGGGCUCUGUCAUUCCCAGAGGAAAUGUUCUCUUCACAGUGGAAAACACAGAUCCAGAGUGUUACUGGCUUACAAAUUGGAUUGAGACUAUUCUUGUUCAGUCCUGGUAUCCAAUCACAGUGGCCACAAAUUCUAGAGAACAGAAGAAAAUAUUGGCCAAAUAUUUGUUAGAAACAUCUGGUAACUUAGAUGGUCUGGAAUACAAGUUACAUGAUUUUGGCUACAGAGGAGUCUCUUCCCAAGAGACUGCUGGCAUAGGGGCAUCUGCUCAUUUGGUUAACUUCAAAGGUACAGAUACAGUAGCAGGAAUUGCUUUAAUUAAAAAAUACUAUGGGACGAAAGACCCUGUUCCAGGCUAUUCGGUGCCAGCAGCAGAACACAGUACCAUAACAGCUUGGGGGAAGGACCAUGAAAAAGAUGCUUUUGAACAUAUAGUAACACAGUUUUCAUCAGUGCCUGUAUCUGUGGUCAGCGAUAGCUAUGACAUUUAUAAUGCGUGUGAGAAAAUAUGGGGUGAAGAUCUAAGACAUUUAAUAGUAUCAAGAAGUACAGAGGCACCACUAAUAAUCAGACCUGAUUCUGGGAAUCCUCUUGACACUGUAUUAAAGGUUUUGGAUAUUUUAGGAAAGAAGUUCCCUGUUACUGAGAACUCAAAGGGCUACAAGUUGCUGCCACCUUAUCUUAGAGUUAUUCAAGGGGAUGGAGUAGAUAUUAAUACCUUACAAGAGAUUGUAGAAGGCAUGAAGCAGAAAAAAUGGAGUAUUGAAAAUAUUGCCUUUGGUUCUGGUGGAGCUUUGCUACAGAAGUUAACGAGAGAUCUCUUGAACUGUUCCUUUAAAUGUAGUUAUGUCGUAACCAAUGGUCUUGGGAUUAAUGUCUUCAAGGACCCAGUUGCUGAUCCCAACAAAAGGUCCAAAAAGGGCCGAUUAUCUUUACAUAGGACACCAGCAGGGAAUUUUGUUACACUUGAGGAAGGAAAAGGAGACCUUGAGGAAUACGGUCAUGAUCUUCUCCAUACUGUCUUCAAGAAUGGAAAGGUGACAAAAAGCUAUUCAUUUGAUGAAGUAAGAAAAAACGCACAGCUGAAUAUUGAACUGGAAGCAGCACCUCAUUAGGCUUUGUUUUAUGACUGGAUGUGUGUGUGUGUGUAACUGCGUGUGCUUGGGUGUGUGUUUACGUGCAUGCAUGCACGUAUACACCUGUGUGUGUGAGUAUGUAAUGCAUAAUGUUUAUUGUACAGAUGUGUGGGGUUUCUUUGUGUUUUAUGACACAUUACAGCCAAAUUAUUUGUUGGUUUAUGGACAUACUACCCUUUCAUUUUUUUGUUUGUUUUUUGUUUGUUUGUUUGGGGCCAGUGUUUAGGUGAUCUCAAAUUAGGAAAUGCACUUAACCAUGUAAAAGGUAAUUGCUAAAGUAAGCUUUUUAGGGCCCUUUGCCAAUAGAUAGUAAUUCAAUCUGGUAUUGAUCUUUUCACAAACAGAACCAAGAAACUUUUAUAUAUAAACUCAAGAUCACAUAAAACAGAUUUGCAUAAAAUUAUCAUGAUUGCUUUAUGUUUAUAUUUAACUUGUAUUUUUGUACAAACAAGAUUGUGUAAGAUAUAUUUAAAGUUUCAGUGAUUUAACAGUCUUUCCAACUUUUCAUGAUUUUUAUGAGCACAGACUUUCAAGAAAAUACUUGAAAAUAAUUACAUUGCCUUUUGUCCAUUAAUCAGCAAAUAAAACAUGGCCUUAACAAA